AUGGCAUACGACUACUACAGGAACUCAAGGCCGGGCUGGGGUACAUCUCAGUUUCAGUUUGGGCCUCCCCCGGCUCCCAUGUUCCAACCGCAGCCUUCGUGGAGUGGCUUGGAUUUCUACAGCGCACACGCGAUCAACCCCGAUCCGAUGUUCUACAACUCGAUAAUGUCUCGCGCAUCCACUUUCGGAUCCUAUGGACUGACGCGCGACGACGCGCGCUAUUGGCACAGACGAAUCUACAGCGGCCUGACGCCUCUCGCGCAGGUGCUUCCGACCGACAUCGGCGCGGCAGCCGCCUACGAAGCAUACCGCACAUGGAAGAACAACUCGUUCCUGUACGAGCCGCUGAGCGCAGACCGCGUGCAACAACGCGAUGGUCUCAUUGGCAUGGCUAUCGCAGAAGCGACCCGCCUAUGGCAGUAUUCAGGUCGCCCAGCAGACACGUACGGGCUGCGUGCGGCGGCCGAAGCUGCUGCCUCGGUCGCGUCCGUCCUUGCUGAUCGCUGGAUAGGAACCAUGGGCGCAGGGGGUGGCAUGGGAGGCAUGGGAGGCGCCGUGCCUUCCUACGCCUCAAGCGGAGGCUCGUACGGAUACCGCGGGCGACGCAGCUCAAUCAGCACACCAUUAGGCGGGCCCAUGGGAGGCUCUCCCUUCAUGGGUGGUGGGUCGCCCUACCUCGGUCCCGGAAUGGGCGCAGGCGCGUACUCCCCUGUGCCUGGUGCGGCCGGAGGCAUUGGCGGGCCACCUCUUGGCGCGGCGGGUAUGCCGCCUGGCAUACCACGCUCGAUAUCCCCGAUGCCGGGCGCGGGUCUCGGUGCUGGUCCGGGAAUGGGGAUGGGGAUGGGUGGUGCUCCUGGGAUUGGUGGUGCGUAUGCCGCUGGCAUGGGUCUGGGAGGUGCGGGCGGAGGUAUGGGCCUUGGAGGAGCAGGAGCGGGAAUGGGCGCGGCAAUGGGGGCGUAUGGGGACGCUGCGAACGUGAACCUCCAGAGCGUGCCACCAGGCUCAACGAUCAUCGUCAAGCAUGGUAGGCGAAGGAGACACUCGGACGCUAGCGGUCGUCGUCGCUCCCCGAGUAUAGACGUCAUUCACACCGGUGGGGCAGGUGCUGGCGGCGCGUACGGAGGCAUGGGUGGUUAUGGAGGUGGUUACGGAGCGGGGUACGGAGGAGGGUAUGGCGGCGGCGGAGGGUACGGCGGAGGAGGAUACGGCGGAGGAGGAUACGGAGGGGGUUAUGGUGCCGAACCAGGUGGCCCAGGCAUGUGCAUGGGCGCAGGUAUGGGCGGCGGUGCUGGAAUGGCUGCUGGUGCGCCGUACGGCGCCCCAGGCAUGUAUAGUCGGCCAGGGUAUGGCGGCGGGGCAUACUGACAACGCUUCUGACGAUUGA